GGAGCGCCGGGCUCCGAGACGCAGGACUUCCAGGAGUUCCUCGCCGAGAACGAGACGGCGGUGAGGCACCUGCAGAGCGCGGAGCUGGAGCGGCUGCAGGCGGAGGAGGACGCGGGCGGCCCCGGCGCCGGCCUGGACUCGGGCCUCGAGAGCCUGGGCGUGUGCAUCCUGGAGGAGCCCCUGGCCGUGCCCGAGGAGCUGUGCCCCGGCCUCGCGGCCCCCAUCCUCAUCCAGGCGCAGCUGCCGCCCGGCUCCUCCGUCCUGUGCUUCGCCGAGAACUCCGAGCGCGCGGCCGCCUCGGCGGGGAGCAGCCCGGCCUACUUGAACAGCGGGCCCCUGGUCUACUACCAGGUGGAGCCCCGGCCGGCCUUGGGUGCGAAGCGCGAGCCCGGGGCGGGGGAGGGCGCGGCCGCCUUCCCCAAGGAGAAGGAUCUGAGCGUCUUCUCGCUGCCCGUUACCUCACUGGUGGCUUGCAGCCCCACAGACCCAGCGGCCCUCU